AUGCCAAAGAGAGGAAGGCCACCUAAACCCAGACCUCUAAACUCUGUUGAGGAGCAGACACAAAGAGGUCACAAGGGAGUGGGUCGUCCACCAAAGAAGAAGGACAAUGGAUCGACAGGUGAUGGCGACUCAUCACAUGAAUAUGAUGAGCCACAGCUACCUUAUCUAUAUCUACCAUCGACUGCUGCUCUGAAGCACUGGAGCUCAGGCGCUAUUGCAAAGAUAUCACAGAUAGAAUUAACUGAGCAGCAGAGGAGUAUGCUGCCAUUGAGUGAUACAGAGGAUGCACCAGUUACUACUGCUGCUCAGGAUGAUCCCAAUGCACCACAACUCAUACAGGAGAGUGACCUGCGACAGGCUAUCAAAGAGACAUUCCAACUACAACGAUAUAUAAACGAUACCAAACAACUAAUAACCGAUCAAUUGGAUACACUAGAGAGGCUAAAGCCUUUAUCUACCGAUGCUCACAAUCAAUCAAUCAUGGUACAGCGUGGAAAGUACAGCACGAAGCAUGGAUAUACAAAGGACGAUCAUCAUGUUACAAUGCCCUCAUCAUCAAUGUCUACAACAUCAACAUCGACAACUACAACAUCAACGAGCAGUAACAUCAACAGUAACAGUAAUACAAUGAUAUUGACAGAGGAGACAGACACACUACAUGCCAAUCGACUAAAGAAGAAGAGGCCGCUACAUGACGACGACGAGGACAUCGACAUACUCGAUGUUCAUGGACAUGCAGCUGGCGACACACAGGAGAUGAUGAGCGAUAGCGAUGGUACCAAUGCACCUCGGGACAUGAUCAAACGUCCAACACCUCCACCAAAGGUGCUGCGAUUGACCGAGAACGACGAUCCCGGCGACGACAUUGAUGAUCAGACUGGCGCCAUGUCAGAUGACAGCAUGGCCAGCAGCUCACACGCAAGCAAGAGAGCAGGUGCCGGCAAGAAGAAGGGCAGAAGAAAGGGCUCAAAGUCACAGCAGCACGAAGACUUGGAUCUGGACUUACCCGCACCAGCGUCACACAGCGCCUCACAACAGAAGAAGAAGAAGCGAGAGGAGGACACACCAAAGGUGCACUACAUUGGACCCAACGUAUUCUGGGCGGCCAUGGAGUCAUACUUCCGAGCGCUCAAUGAGCUGGACCUGGAGCUGGUCACGCCCAAGGGCGAAGAGUUCUACACCAAGUCAUUCGAGCGCUUGGCAAAGAGUGGGCAUCACUUGCCUCGACAACCUAGCAGGCUGCCACACAGCAGCUCAUCGGACAAUUUGGAGGACAUGGCGUCGAGUGACGCACUGUCAUCAGACCUUUACAUGGGCGAUCUCUCUAUACGAUUGCUAUCAUGUAUGAUCGAAGAGAACAUUCUGACGACGACGUCGACCGCGGCCAGCAGUGUGUCUGGCGCCGUAUCAACAAACUCUGCAGCGGCCAACAAGAGCCCAAACAACAAGAGUCUCCUGCUGCCAACAGAGGCACCAAGCUCAGCCUUCAACCCGACCGUACAGGCCUCUCUUGAGACGAGAAUCAUGCACGAGCUCAGGGCACUGGGACUCUACGACGACUACACUGCGACGAGUACAUCAGCGAGUCGUGAGGAUGAUGAGAUUUGUGCCGAGAUGCGAUACCUUCAAACCCAACUGCGAGACCAGAUCAAUGCCAACAAUGCCCUAAAGUCACAGGCAUACUACAGCGCCAAGAUGUUGAUCUCCAAGCAAGACACCAGUCGAAAGAAGAAGCAACAACUUCUCAACGCCGAGAAGAACUAUCAGAAACUCAUGAAGAGGGACAAGAAGAAGAAGAAGCUAAAGACGAUCGCCUAA